AGAUCCCAAAGUCCCGUAUAAAUAAUUCCCUGCGACCCCGUCCCAAGCCAUCAUCUCCUAAAUUUAUAACAUCUAUCUUUAAGGACCACCCACGUCGGAUAUAAACAAAGACAAUCCCAUUCAUUCACCAUGAAGUUCCUCGCCAUCUCCGCCCUUGUUGCCGCAGUCUCUGCUUUUCCCUCCGUCCCUGCCCCCAAAGCUCAGAAUGACCCCAAUGCCUUCGGCGUCGUCGCCACUCGUUCGGGCUCUCCCAUCCACUUCCUUACCCUGAACGCCGCCAGCUCCCACUUCUACCUCGGCGGCAAGGCCUCCACCUACUGCCCUGAGCCCGUCGAGAAGCUGGGCGCCUGCCCCCCGGGCAAGGAGACUGCUCUCCUGGGCGACAAGUACCUUGACGUCGCUGUCCCCGGCGGCCAGAGCAUCUAUGUCGACCCCAAGGGCGCUCUCUCUUUCACCGCCCCUCACUCCGGCUACUUUCCCCCGGGCUCCUCGACUGAGGGCUUCGCCUACAAGCCCGGCAAGAACGGCACCCUAGGCAGCUGGACCUACAAGAACGGCUUCAUGGCCUGCCCCACGACCAACAGCACCAUCGUGCCCGGUAACCCCAAGUGGCAGGUCUUCGCUGCCUCCAACAACGCCACCGUCCCCACCGGCAACGUCCGGGACUGCCUCGGAUUCUCGGCCGUUGCUGCGCCUUACAAGGGACCCGCCGCUGCCUGGGAGUACAUCUAAACUUGUUACUCCAGGCAUGUUUCUUCAAUCCCCUCGACGAGUGCAAGAACCAGACAUACUCGAAUAGUAUAUACGGCCCCAAAAUAGAAACAUACAAGGGGGGAGAUAUUCGACACGCGCACCAUGUGAAAUCACAUCCUGGAGUCGAGGAUUAUGUAUUAUACGCUUCUAUUCUGUGAAUAUGAAACCCGAUC